AUGCGCCCUUCCGUCGGUCCCUGCCGGAGCGGCCGCGCCGAGGCCCGCCUCGUCUCCAGCCGCCUCGCCUCCCCGACUCCGAUCCCGGGCCCCAUGGCCGCCCCGGGGGCGAUGGCCGCGUCGGGAUCGGCGCGGAAGCGGCUGCUGAAGGAGGAGGACAUGACCAAAGUGGAGUUCGAGACCAGCGAGGAGGUGGACGUGACGCCCACCUUCGACACCAUGGGGCUGCGGGAGGACCUGCUGCGCGGCAUUUACGCUUACGGUUUCGAGAAACCUUCGGCCAUCCAGCAGCGAGCCAUCAAACAGAUAAUUAAAGGAAGAGACGUCAUUGCCCAAUCUCAGUCUGGUACCGGUAAGACGGCCACCUUCAGCAUUUCCGUUCUCCAGUGCUUGGAUAUCCAGGUGCGGGAAACGCAGGCGCUGAUCUUGGCUCCCACCAGGGAGUUGGCCGUCCAGAUUCAGAAGGGUCUCCUCGCCCUCGGCGACUACAUGAACGUCCAGUGCCACGCCUGCAUCGGUGGAACGAACGUCGGCGAGGACAUCCGGAAACUGGACUACGGGCAGCACGUGGUGGCCGGCACACCCGGCCGCGUGUUCGACAUGAUCCGCCGCCGAAGCCUGAGGACGCGGGCCAUCAAGAUGCUGGUUCUGGACGAGGCAGAUGAGAUGCUCAACAAAGGUUUCAAAGAACAGAUUUACGACGUAUACCGGUAUCUGCCGCCGGCCACACAGGUGGUGCUGAUCAGCGCCACGCUGCCCCACGAGAUCCUGGAAAUGACCAACAAGUUCAUGACCGACCCCAUCCGCAUCCUGGUGAAACGCGAUGAGUUGACCCUGGAAGGAAUCAAACAGUUCUUUGUUGCCGUGGAGAGGGAGGAGUGGAAGUUCGACACCCUGUGUGACCUCUACGACACUCUGACCAUCACCCAAGCUGUUAUCUUUUGCAACACCAAGCGGAAGGUGGACUGGCUGACAGAGAAGAUGAGAGAAGCCAAUUUCACGGUGGCGUCCAUGCACGGAGACAUGCCCCAGAAGGAGCGCGAGUCCAUCAUGAAGGAGUUCCGAUCGGGUGCCAGCCGGGUCCUCAUUUCCACGGACGUCUGGGCGAGAGGGCUGGACGUUCCUCAGGUCUCCCUCAUCAUUAAUUACGACUUGCCCAACAACAGAGAACUGUACAUCCACAGGAUCGGCCGCUCGGGCCGCUACGGGAGGAAAGGCGUGGCCAUCAACUUCGUGAAGAACGACGACAUCCGGAUCCUGCGUGACAUUGAGCAGUACUACUCCACACAGAUUGACGAGAUGCCCAUGAACGUUGCCGACCUCAUCUGAAGAGCCACCCCAGAAGACGGACCUGGAGCAGGGGACGUUUGUCUUGCUUCGCACCCCUGGACGACGGUCCGAAGACCUCCGCUUCCCCCUUUUCCCCCCCAUCCCAACCAAUCUGCCUGUAAAUACGCAUUCCAGUUUACACUUUUCAAUUAAAUUGGGAACUUUUCUUUGGGA